AUGGCACCCAUCAGACGAUAUCUGAGAAUUACGAAACAUUCCGUCCUUGAAGUGCGCAUCUAUCUGGAUCGACCGGGUGACGCAGACACAUGGCUUCUUAGACGCGACAAUCCUGCGCUUCCACGCGUCAUACAGGCUGUGCGACCGCUAGUACUGCCUAAGUUGCGCGAAGAGAACGAACGCGCAAAGGGUAGAGGCGGGUCGAAAGCCAGGAAGAAGGGUGUCAAGGAUGUUGUUGUUGAGGGUGAGUUGCACACCGCUAUAGAUGACUUUGAAGUCUCAAUCUUCUUGACGGAGCACUCAUCCCGGCACUCCGUCUUAACCAAACAGAAGAUCUUCAAAAACCAGCCCCGGAUUCAGAGCAACUCCGGCAAGCUGACGGGUUGGCUUACUACUGGAACCCGCGAGCAGCCAAUGACCAUCAGUGAAGACACAGCAGAACCCAUCCUUAUCAGAGAAGAGGACGAGGGUGAGGCAAUUAACCUCGCCGAUAUUCCGGAGGCUAGCGGAGAUAAAAAUCAGGCCAGAAGUUCAGGCCGGGGGAAGCGGAGAAGAGGCGAUGCUCGCGAAGAUUCCAUAAGCGCUGGUAGCGAUUCCGAUGUUUCGUUUCAGUUUGAAGCUGGCCCAUCAAACAAACGGAGUAAGAGGAAUGGACACGGCACGGACGCGGGCACAGUGGAAGAAGACGGAGGCGACGGACAGGACGACAAGAAAAAACUGGGAUUGAACACUUCCUAUGAGGGCUUUUCCAUCUACGGCCGCAUCCUCUGCUUAGUGGUCAAGCGGAAGGGGCUGAGAACGCAGCCGGGUGGAAGCGGGCCGCCGCUCUCUAGUCAGCAAAUGCUCGAGAAUUGGGUGUCGACGCAGGCCGCAGCCGAGCAGGUGGAUGACGACGAAGAUAACGGAUAA